UAGAUUCGGUUACUAAAUCAGCCGUAAUGAGUUGUUGUCCAUUGUGUUAUACAUACUGAUUAGUGUGCUUAUUAUUAUAGAUGGACAGUUUUACAUUUCAAAUCAAUGACUCUUUGAAACGUGUGAAAGAAACAGAAGAACUAACUUCCAAAGUUCAAAAAGAGACCGAAUCUAUUCAUGACAUGUUGAAUAUUUUAAAAAAUAAGAAUGAGGAAAUGUUGACUGCAUUCAAACAGAUUGAUCAACUAGAAAUUAUCGUCAACCGAGUCAAGGAUACAUAUAAUGCAGUAGCAAAAAAUAUGGACCAGAUAGAAAGAACCAUAUCAGCAAGCACAUCCACUUUUGGACUAGGAAAGAAAAGGUCAACAACUGUACAGCCAUACUUUCCUCCACCGGAUCAUGUAGACAUAUAUAAUACAGACGAACUAUUUAACCCUCUUUCUUCUUCAAAAUAAACAUGAUGCAUAUGUUUAGAUACACGGCUUUUCUCUCUUCAUGCAUAGGCCGUUUCUUCUUGUUUACUACAUAGUCUAGAUAUUGCUUACACUUUAUUCACAAAUUAUUC